GUCCACGCCUCUCGCGGAGACAUUUCUAAGGUGCAACUCCGCCGCCUCUGUAUUGCCCACGAGCGGCGCCCAGCAAAGGAACAGCUGCCAGCCCCCGUCUCCAGCACAACGAGAGCAGCUCCUCGAGGCACCUGGCGCUCCCUUCGUCGCCGCCCACCCUUCGCCUCUUGCCCUCGACAGGUGGGGGAAAGGCUCGACUCCAACCAAGCAUGCCACGCUCAUGCCAAGCUGACUGACUGGAGCCCUCUGCAGCUGGCGCUUAGCGGAAAGCGAAAGUAAUCUGGCUCGGACCACAACCUCGAACGCACUACCAAGCCGGGUUAGCUCUGAGAGGCUCUGAAUAUUCCUGCCCCAAAGACGCAGCACAAUUUGUGUCACUGUAAAAGGCAAAAGGCUCAUCCUCGUGGCUUUUGCAGCCUCGACCAGCUUUCGUAUCCACGGAACACUAUGAGCACGACUCUGGCACCACCAUGAGCAGCAAAGUACCUCCUCGCGGACCAUGUUCCAUGCUUUUUUAAGGUAUGUCUUUGGGAUUCAGCCACUUUUCCUAGUUCUGAUGCCUGUUGCAUCGUCUGCUUGUGAGAAGAAAGAUAUGCAGCCAGCUUAUAUGUUUGUUCUAAGACACCACCUUGAACAACUGGUAAAUGAAUCUGAAAACCAUGGCCAUGAAUGUAGGCAGAAUAACACCAAAGAAUUAAUCUGCAAUACUGCCCAGAACAUACAUAAUAUGGCAUGCCAGCUCAAUAGACUAUCUACCUGUAACAUCACCACUCAUUUAAAGAACAACAUGACCAAUGUUUAUAACCACAUAUCCAGCUUGUUUAAGACAUGUAGCCACGCAACACAAAAAUGUCGUCAAAGGCCAGAGGCUUGCCAAAAAUCUUCAGUCUUGUGUCGUAUAAAGAAAAUCAUCUCCAAGUUUAAGUCAUGCUGGAUUCAGUAUAUGAACUCUUAAGUGAAAUGAUGACCUUUUUUUUUUUUUGCAUGGACUGUUUUUCUAAUUACUCUGCACUGCCUUUAUCUCUUCUCUACUUACUCAAAUAUUCUGUACCAAAACUCUCAUAAAGCACCUUUGUACAGUGUUUCUGGGAAGAAAGCAACUGGAAAUAGUUAAGAUGAGCCCUCAGUGUCUUGAAGAAACUCUCAACACCAGAAGCAAACAAAUGCAACUGAAAACUAUAAUUGUUUACUUGUGAGUUUUACUUGCCCUUUGAAAGAUUUUUAUAUAUAUAAUUGUUUACUUACAAGUUUUACUUGCCCUUUGAAAAUUUUUUAUAUGUUACUUACCUGAAAUUCAAUGAAUAGCCAAGCACUUUAAAAACUGCAAAGAAAGCAACUUGCUGGAUAAGGCACUGCUCUAAAGGAUGCAAUUGAUUUUAUAGCUGAUGUAGAAGACAGGUGAGACGAAGGAAAAGGUGGUUUAUUUAUAAAAGAUAGUAGGAUUAUCUAGUUUGGGGAAUGUUAGCAUGGAAGCAGUUGAGGUAGCUUCUAACAAAAUGCAGUAAGAACUGUGAAGACAGGCAUCUAUUUUUGUAUAUGCAAGUCAAGAAAGUUCUUGCAGGAAUGCUCAAGAGUUGCUCAAAUUUGGGGUUGACUUCUUUGGAUGCCAUUCAUUUAAUGCAGUAACUUAAUAUUUUAAGACAUUUUAUAAAAUAAUAUAUUCAUAUUUUACAACUAUAAGGUUUGUAUUUAAGUUAAAUGCUUUUAUAAUUUUCUGUAACUUGAAUUUUUAUACAAUUCUCAUUUCUUUAUACACCCAUAAUGAUGUAUACUACACAAUGUUUUAAAGGUGUUUUAGUUCUAUGGUAUUUUAAUAUUUGCAACGGAAAAGAAACAGGAAAAGAAAAUGAUCCCAAAGAAAAUGAUGCUGUACCAUCUUAUACUCAGAGAUAAAGGAAAGCUGUUGUCUGUUUACCAUACUAAGAAAAUACUACUAACAUUUAUAGUUCUAACAAUAAUAUUAGUGUCAUUAGGAUUCAGCUCUAGUUUGCUGGCAUUUAUCUACUCUUGACAGUACCCAGGCACUCAAUAAGUGUGAGAACCAAUUAUAUUAUUCUAGUACCAUUCUGCAGCAUAAACUGCAGGGACCAGUUGCACACUGCUAAGACAUAAAAAUGAAGUUGUAUGCCAUAAUUGUUUUAUUUUUAACAAAAAAUCUAGAUAACAUAUAGUAAAAGCAUUUACAGAUUGGUUUUGCAGGAAAUAACAAGUCUAAACAGAGUUGGAACAAGCUCACAUAACUAGUAGAAGUCAGGCUCUUAGUAGUUAAAAGGAAAAGGCAAG